CUGUGGUCUUUUGUUUCUCCGGUGUUUUUCGUUAAAAGACAAAAUUAGCAGAAUUUUCUGCUGCAUCAAAAAGACAAUUAGGCAGUUUUGGUUGUUAAACCACGUUUAUGAGUCAGUGAGGCAAAAAGGCUGUUUUGAGCAGUCAUUGUUCUUGCCGCGUCAAACAACCGAAGCGCACUCCACACAAGCCUGCGAGAACAACCAUUCUGACCUUCUUUGUAAAAGUUUGCGAGGUACGUAACCCACAAAGAAGGAAGAAGCGUGCAGCCAGCUUGGAUGCACAAGAGCCGCAAUACGACAAGAUCGCUUCCUUUGGACGAGUUUUCAUUGAUUCGAUUCCAUUCUAGUCCAGUUAGUUGUGUCGAGUUUGAUUUGAAGAUUGACGAGCAGGAAAGAUGAAUGCAGGUGGUCACGAUGAGCAGCAGGAACAAGAGCAGCAAGAAGGACCUCAUCCUUUGGAAGCCGCCGCGAUCAUGGCGGCUGGAGGCCCGGAAGCCCAGGCGGCUGCAUUGGCACGUGCCAUUCCAGGGCUUCCAGCCGAGUGGCUGCAACCAGGCCACCAGUUGUCGGCAGAAUACGAGCGACAUUUGCUCUCGUACCUGAUCAACAACAUGGCGCAUCAUGCUCGGUUGGUCAUGAAUAUUACCGAGGAAGAGCGUCAACAGGCACUGGCCAUCAAGGCGGCCGUGGUGGCCGAGGAAGAUUUGGACGAGAUUCCAGAUAUGCGGUACGCCCAACUGGCCAUUAUUGAUGGCGACGACGUGGAGACGGCUGUGGAUCGAGUGCGACACUUUCAACUCUUCAAAGACGAAUACCAGUUGGACGAUACCGCCGCUCAAGGAAGUCAUGUCAUGAGAAAGUUCUUCAAUCAACACCCAAACACGGUUUUGUCAGUCUCCUACAAUGCCAUCGACGGAAACUAUGUGUACAUUUAUGAUCAAGCCAAGUUCAAUCCCAACAAUAUUCAGACUCCUGACGACUGGAACACCGGUCUUCUGUAUUGCUAUUACCCAUUUCAGGCCAUGUCACCGGAUCUAUUUUCCAUUCGGCAAGGAUGCGUCUUUGUAGGUGAAUGCGAUGGCUACGAUUGGACCGUCAUGAAUGUGGAUGUGGUUCGCAGACUCUGGGAUGAAGUAUUCGCUGUCUAUCCCAUGAAAAUUUGUGAACUCAAGUGUUUCAACAGUGGAGUCGUUGCCAACCUACUCUUGUCCAUGUUGAAACCGUUCUUCCCAAAAGACCUACAGCGAAAGAUCAACCUUGGAUGCCAGUUCGAAGGACGGCUGGACACCUUUUAUGCGGUUCCCACUUGGGAAGUGGCGGCAGAACGAACCCUCGAGGAGAUUUCUUCCUUCCUCCAACGACGAUACACCAAUGAAGCACAAUUUGUUCUCUAGCUAGCUAGUCAGUCCGUCGCCUCAAUUCAGGAGAGCUACUGAUCAGCUUGCUGACUGGGUAGAACUCUAGCCGGCCGGCAUGACAGCCUGAGGACUUCCGAGUUUAGUAUAGACUAAACCGAAAGAAUGGAAACUUAUCUUCUAUUAGACCUAAAGAUUUGCAUGCUGC